AUGAAGACGACUACACAACUCGCCAGACAGAUCAUCAAAGCAGUCGGAUGUGCCAAUGGUUUAGCUGGAAGACAACUCGGAUGUGAGAAUGCUGUGGAAGUGAUCAAAGCUUCUCCAUUCUUCACAAAUGUUCAAGAGAGACUUCCACUCCAAUGGGGAAAGAUCAUAGAAGAAGUUAACACUGGACGACAUGCAAGUGCUCUGUCAGGAGUCACACAGACAUGUCGACAACUUGCACAUGAGACUCGUCAAGUUAUUGAGAACAAGGAUGAGCUUCUCGUCUUUGGAGGAGAUCACAGCUGUGCUAUUGGAACAUGGAGUGGAGUUGCAACAGCACUCAGACCACAAGGAGACAUUGGAUUGAUCUGGGUGGAUGCUCAUAUGGAUGCCCAUACACCUGACACAAGUGACACAGGGAACAUUCAUGGUAUGCCGGUUGCCCAUCUUCUUGGUUUCGGUGACAAAAACCUUGUGAAAAUCGGAGAUCGUCUGCCCAAACUUCUCCCACACAAUCUGUGUAUGGUCGGUAUCAGAGACUACGAAUCGGCAGAACAGGAACUUCUCGAAAGACUAGGGGUCAGAAUCUUCUACGCAAACGAAGUAGAGAAGAGAGGAAUCCAAGAUGUGAUGCAAGAAGCGCAGUAUCUUGUCACAAGAAAUACAAUCGGAUACGGUUUAUCAAUUGAUCUUGAUGGUUUCGAUGUAUCUUAUGCCCCAGCUGUCGGAACACCGUCUGCAGAUGGAAUCAAUGCACUCGAGUUCAUCAAAGCUCUUCUGACUAUCGAUUUGACCAAACUCAUUGCUACUGAAAUUGUCGAGUUCCUUCCCAGAUUCGACGACAACCAGAGGACAAGUGAACAGCUCGUUUCUAGCCUUGUGGAGUACAUUUAUAAGACGAAGCAGUUCCAAAUCAACUCGGUCAAUGAAAUUGCUGCUCGUGUUAGCAAAUCUGAAAAGAUUCAACAAGUUUCCCAAGCCAUGUGA